GAAACGAGUGUGUUUUUCAACUAUCUUUUCAUGGUAUACGUGUGCGCCGAUAUUUUGAUAGCCAGUUCUUAUUUGGCCAUCAGAAUUCAACGAAAUUCGAUUCGAUUGUCACUACUGCCGUGAAUAAUCUUAACAGCAUGACUUGAGCGAGUAAUCGUGAGUGAAUCUAUUUAUACCAAUCUGUAUUUAUGCUGAUCAACGCCUUCUUAGCUCAGUGGUAGAGCGUUGGUCUCGUAUCAUGUUAAAGAUAACCAAAGGUCGAGAGUUCAAUUCUCUUAGGAGGCAUUCUAUUGUGAAAAGAUUAAACUUCAUUAUGUUUUCAACGUGAGUCAGUACAGAACGAUAUUUAAUGGAAAACAAACGUUUAAUGUAUAUUACCAAUCGACGCGUACCCAAUUGGACGUCCACAGUUUUCGGGAAGCAAUUGUUUUCUUUGGACGGAUUUAGUUCUGCAUUUGCGUCGGAAACUCAACUGUGAUAUCCAUUGUUUACCAAGUGAAGUUUCGAUUUUCUGUCUAAUGCAACAACAAUAGCGUAUGCUGAGGACGUCCCAAGACGGAAUGGUCAACAAGAAAGUUUUCAACGUUCACUCGAAACAGCACGAGUACACGAAGAAAAACAGAGCCGGAAUAGCAUCGAAAUCGAUUCAAAAUGUUAUUGUCCGAAUGUAAACUAUCUUUGUUUGUUUUUGCAAAUAAAGUUUCUCAGAAAUUGGAUCCUACCUAUAUGCACAGACGAUCGCAAACUCUUUAACUCUAUAGAUCUUCUAGUAUAGAUCGAUUCUCUGCCAACUGAAUAAAUUAAACCAACGGUACGGUGAAGCAUUCUUGAGCUCAAAUCUUCACCGAUUGUGGCCAAUACUCUGGUCACUUCACAAGGAAAACAUAAGAAGAGCUGAACACUUACCUGAAAUGUUUUCAUUUACUUGCUGGACGGAGAAACCAACAGCUGGAGACUUCACGAUGACGAUGUUGUGUUUACUUUCCGUUUUAUUAGGAACUGUGCUGUUAAAUUCAAAUGUGCACAGUAGCAAAUUGGUGCAUGAAGAGAGACAGUUGCUCCACGGUCGUCAGUUACGAGCUUCUGCCUUUAGCUUUUCACCAUGCCUUUCAGUCACAAAAACAAAGUCGGGGAACUAUUCGUAUUCCGGAAUUUGCAACGAUAUUGUUCGUUGGGUGUCGGAGCAUUUCCAAAUGGAAUUGGUUUACGUACCUGCAAGUAACGAGGAUCGAGUCAAAUUCGGAUUAGUUCCAUCCCUCAUCAGACAAAUACGAAAUGAAGAAGUCGACAUUAUCCCGUUUAGCUUUGUCAUCACAAUACCACUUGCAUUGCUGAUUGAUUUCUCAUUUCAUCUUGGAGUCGAGGAUUACCAUCUUUUACAACCUUGGCCGGAAAUGGAAAGCAACCUUAUGGCUUGCAUAAGACCUUUCUCUGCGACAGUUUGGUUACUAUUCGUCGUUUCGACUGUCGCCCUAAUUAUUUGCAUGGCUUUUCUGACACAUUUCAAUCGCCAAUACAUCUUCAAAUUGACUAGUUUUAUGCAAACAAUGAGCGAUCACGCGGUUUACGCAAUCACCGUCAUCACUGGACAAGGCAAUUCUGUUUCCGCAAAGGAAAGACUUUCAUUCCGUCUCUUGUUAGGAAUUUGGUGUUUGACCAUGGUGGUUUUGGUAAACGCUUACACAACAACUUUGACGUCCUACUUGACUGUGCCGAAACUGAAGCCGAUCGUGAACACGCUGGCCGAAUUGGCAGCCAGUCACGACACGCAGAUGACCGUGGAUUUUGAACUGGGAAAAGCUCGCAUCUUUUUAGAGGCCACAUCUGGACCGAAAAAAAUCAUUGGCGAUUCGCUUCGUGAACAUCCACAGUUCCUUGUAAAAGGCAGCAAUCUGGAGGGCUUAAAAAAUGUUUUGGAAGCAGGAGCUACGUAUUUUACGAAUCGUUUUAUCGUCAAAUACUUUAUGGCCAUCGAUAUGAAAAGCCACACCAAUUGCCGGAUGACCAUGUCGGAUCCAAUUCCUUUUAUCGAAUACUAUUCAAUGGGUUUACCUAAAGGUGGUCGACACAACUGGAUCAUCAAUCACGAAUUGAAGUAUUUGUGGGAAAAUGGAUUACUUGCUUACUGGUCAAAGCAGUACACACCGAACGUUGACAAAUGUAUGGUAGCUAAAGCCGAAUUGCGCAAGGAAAGAACUGCUUUAACGCUGUUAGAUCUCUCGAGCGCAUUUAUGCUAUUGGGCCUCGGAAUUGGCUCGUCGUUACUGGUGUUUUUUCUUGAAAUGAUGACGCAUUUGAAACGAAUGCAACAAUUCCGCCACGCCACAAACGCAAUUAUUGUUCAAAAUUGAUGGGGAGGUGUUUGAAUCUUUUAAAACUAGUUUUCAAACCUUCAUUCAAAUAGUCGCAAUCAAUGUGUUGCUAGUUCAUGAGCCAAUUCGACGAGUCUUUAACGCACAACAGCCUCGUCCCAUAUAUUUUAAAACGAAAUUUAGCUGUUGAAAAGUGUUAAUUCCAUAUCGCAUUUAAUGUAUAAUUUUAUAUUUAUCCAAACCAAUAAUACAAAAAUAUUUAUAGCACGUGAUCUACACUGAA